AGCUCAGCCAGUGGAGUGUUAAAUUGAUAACACUUUUUUUAAUCGUAACAGAGAAGUUGGAGCAUGUUUCUUUUUUUAUUUUCGUAUGGAUAACAGCGAAAUUGCGCUCUUGACUCCAUUGGUUCUUGAGAACAAAUAAUUAUCAUCGACUCUUUUUAUAUUUUCAAACGAAUACUGUCAAUUUUUUUCAAGUGAAUGUGGGAUAAAGAUUUACCAAUUUCAGCGGUGGCAACACGAAAAGAAAUUAAGUUUCAAUGAUGCGAACGUCCGAUCGUCACAACGUUUUCAGCAGAUAACAUUAUCCACCAACCCGCAUACGAGGUUUACUUGUACUUCACAAACUGAGGCGCAUCCCCCAUUGCAUCCGUCUGAGGGUAUCCGUUAGCACCUGCUCAUUCAUCGUGAACUGCUCGACACCAUACCGACAAGCCAUUGGACGAACCACGCCCUUACCACCACCGAGCAACGCUCAGGGGUGCAUACUACCAGGCCACACCCACCUGCUAUUACCCCUGUCUCUCUGUAGUAGAUCUUCACCGGUCACUCCGUCAUACAUGAACCACAUGCCUAACCGUCAUCACUCUCACUAUGUCGCCAACGGAGAGAUCGAUGAUGACAUAACGAACCCCAUACACCUGAAACCACUGCCGACGCUCCCGGUGCCGCCUCUUCGCCAGAGUCUGGAUAAAUAUCUGAAAUGUCUGAUACCUCUCGUCUCCAGAGAACAGCAUGAAAGAACCACGGCAAUCGUCAAGAAGUUCCUCAAGCCAGGGGGAGAAGGGGAGAUACUGCAGAAGAAGAUACUCGAAAUUAGAGAAUCAAAAACUAACUGGACGUACGACUAUUGGUUAGAUGACAUGUACCUGAAAGUUCGGUACGCCUUGCCCAUCAACAACAAUCCUGGUAUGGUCUUUCCCAAACAACACUUCAGAGAUGAGGGUCAAAGGUUACGGUUUGCCGCCAAACUUAUAUCCGGUAUUUUGGACUACAAGGUUGUUAUUGAUGCGCGAGCGUUACCCGUCGACCGGGCCAGGCACAACAAACCGGGUCAACCGCUUUGCAUGGAGCAGUACUACCGAUUAUUCUCAUCCUACCGGGUACCCGGUCUUUUCAAGGAUGAAUUGGUCUCGCCGGGUAGCAGUCUCAUGCCCGAACCGGAACACAUCAUUGUCAUAUGUAAAAACCAGUUUUUUAUCUUAGACGUCAUAAUCAACUUCAAACGACUGAGCGACCAAGACCUCAUUAGUCAACUCAAAAGAAUACUAGAUGCUGCCAAAGAACACCCCGACUCCGUCCCGCUGGGUCUCUUAACUACCGCCGAUAGACCCACAUGGGCUGGUUCUAGGGCGAGAUUAAUAGAAGAUUCAACGAAUCGUGAUUCACUAGACAUGAUAGAGCGGUGUAUAUUCGUCCUCUGCCUUGACGACCAGAUGGACUACCCUCCGCCCGAGGUCGGGAAGCCCAUCGACUCGGACGACGAGCCUCUGGGUCACCAUAUGCUGCACGGCGGAGGGGUCGAUAAGAACACCGGGAACAGGUGGUUUGACAAGACAAUGCAGUUCAUCAUCGGUACCGACGGCCAAUCAGGACUGAACUACGAGCAUUCCCCGUCAGAAGGAGUAGCUGUUGUUCAGCUUGUCGAGCAUCUACUGAAAUACAUUGACUCCGAAACACACAAACGAAAAUUGACGAGGGCACAGUCAAUAUGCGAGCUUCCGAAUCCACGAAAACUCAACUGGAAAAUAUCACCGAUUCUUAUGCAAGACAUCGAAAUAGCCAAGGUCCAGAUAACACAUGCUGUCAACGAUGCUGACGUCAAGCUAUUACGGUUCACCCAGUUCGGGAAAAACUUUCCCAAAUCCCAGAACAUGAGUCCAGAUGCCUUUGUACAACUAGCGCUGCAACUAACAUAUUACAGAAUAUACGGACGUCUAACGAGUACGUACGAAAGCGGUUCAACCCGUCGGUUUCAAGAAGGUAGGGUUGACAACAUCCGAGCUGCUUCACCAGAAGCCUUAGAGUUCGUCAGAGCAAUCAAAGGAGAGAGAGAAGCAACUAUAGAGGAAAAGAAGUUUCUAAUGAGAGAAGCAAUAAGGGCACAGACCGAGACAUGUUUACAGACAAUCACUGGCCAAGGCUUCGACUGUCAUCUUCUAUGCCUGAGAGAAGUCAGCAAGGAGAUGGACAUGCCCUUACCAGAUCUUUUCGCUGAUGAAGCUUUCGAAAUCAGCAAUAGGUUUUGUCUCUCUACCAGUCAGGUUCUAACCAAACUGGAUACAUUCAUGUGCUACGGGCCCGUGGUCCCGGAUGGUUACGGCGCCUCGUACAACCCACACGAGGACUACAUACUGUUCGCCAUAGCCUCGUUCAAGUCUUGUCCUUCAACCGACUCACACGUCUUCCGCGCAAAGCUUUACCAAACGCUCAUCGAUAUGCACGAGCUCUGCACGGGGACCAAACCGACCACCAACAACAACUCCAACGGUUACAUGAAAGGGUAGAUCAAGGGGAUGACGAGCCCUGGCUAGAAUCGGCCGAAGUUUCAAAGAGAAUGAAACCCUGGGAACAAGUUAUUUUGUGUGAUAACAUAAUAUAAAUAUAUAAUAUAAAGAAAUCCAUGAAAGUUUGAGAAAAAUUGAACAAAUAUUAAAAGAAACUUAUGAGAUUUUGAAUUUUGAGAUCACUAAUGAUGUGGAAAUCAUCAUAUUGGCAACGCGAACAACAUGUGUGAUGUCACACUUGUACUACUCCGACAUUUUAAAUACCAAUCUUACUCAAAUUCAUGUUAAAAAAUCUAUACAUAGAUCAGGGUUUUUUUGAUGGGGGAACUUAGUCAUGUAAUAGAGGCAACAUGGACAAAGAAUUUGUAUUAUCAUUAGAAUGAGCAUUAAUAGAUGAUUAGGGUAGUAUUUCUAGUGUACAAAGGGAGGUGUUGUAGUUGUGUGACAUCACAAACCUUGGUCGCAUUGCCAACUGGAGGAUCUCCACAGCAUUAGUGAUUUCGACAUUCAAAAGCUUUCAAAAAAUUAUUGUUUGUCCAAUUGUUCUCAAACAUUCCUUGAUUUUUGUUCAUUGCGUUUUUAUUUUUUCUAAAUUUUCAUUCAUGCUAAAGGUUUCAUUUUCAUUUAAGGGGUUGUUACACCUGAAUGUCUUAGUCAGCGUAUGCCGACGCGCGAAAGCUAUUUUUAUCUAAUCAAAUUUCUUGUUAUCAAGAAAACGGCUGGGCAAACGUGCACAAUGUCGGUAUGCGCUGGCUUAAAUAUCCAGAUGUGACCCAGUCUCGAUUCCUCGGUAAGACGUUCUUAUAUAACACAUCAAUAGACGACAUCUUUGGCAACUGAAAGCUCUUUGACGUACUGUAUUUGAAAUCGAAUUCUUUGCAACGUUUCUUACGAUUAUCAUAUUUUUUCGAAAUCUGGUCACUAAACAUGAUAAAGGACAUCCAGACCCAAACGUGAUCCAUGUGUGCUACCCAUACAUGUAUAUCAUACGGGCGUCGCGUCGUACGACCGUCGUACGAUAAGAGAAACCUAUAAGGCUCAUGUGAAAGUGGGUUGAUAGCGUAUUCCGUAGAGACCUCUUGUUACAGUCACAAAUACCUUCACGAGCACCGCACGAAUGAUUUUACUUCAUUUAUGUAUUUAAAAAAAUCGUUCGUACGGUGUAUGUAAGAUUUGUGUUCGUAGCAUUACCUGACGUUGGUUUCAAUUUGUCAGCCUCGUAGUUCUGUCAUGUAAGGUGAUGUAAAUGACGUGUCACCUAAAUGAAUGACGUCAUUAAUAUAAUCGGUUAAUACACAAAUAUACACAGCAUGCGCAUGUAUACAGACUGUCUGUCCCAUAUCCUGGCGAUAGACACUUUUGGGGGAAAUGCACGUUGUCAAAAAACGAUUGAUAAGUCGGGCACCAAUCGUCGAGUUUGGGCACACUCGGUGUUUUACCAUCACGCACUCGAGUGAGUGCAUGAUCUGUAUGUAAUUUAAAAUACGUAAAAAUCAUUCACACACUGGACUGAGUGAAUGAAUGACGGCUUAUGGCAUGAACGGCCCGUCAUACACUCGGUGUCUCACCUCACUCCAUCGACUUUGUAUACCGUUUUUUAGGAGGCCUAAAGAAAUAUCAUUUCUCCUGGUGCACAGUGGUAAAAAAAAUGCUAGAAACGACACUUCGUGCUUAAUGUGUACAAAAAUAGUGUUAAAACGUCUUAAUAGAAUCGAUUUAGACGAUUUAUAAGUGUUCCACCAUUAAUUCAAUGAAGAAAAAAACGGAAUCAGACUUAUUUCUCAUCGAAAUAUUUUUAUACCUGAUUAUCAAUUAUCGCUUUUUGACAAAUGCCUGAUUAAAGACAGGUUGUUGUCGGGUAUACUGUUUAAAUAUUACUCCGAUAUGUAAUUAGUGUGUUUUUAUAAGGAACAUAAUGUUAUAAGAGUCACUAUGUUAAUGUUUUUAUUCAUUACAUUUUUAACACUUUCGCAAAAUUAUACUCCGAAUAAUUUAAACCAUCGAUGUUUUCGUAGCCACUUUGUUUUUCUCUAAACUCUUCUAUGCACUUCAUGAAAAUCACUUUUAAUAGAUAUGCAAUUAUUAAACAUUGUAGUGAAGACUGAAGAGUGUUUUUACAUUUUCUUUUCGUUUAGGCGUGUCUCAUAUAAUUCCGAACAGCAAGCCUGAGCAUUUUCGAUAGACAAUGCCCCGUUUACAAAUCUCUUGAUAUUGGGUUGAAGGGCCCUAUUAUUGACGCAACGGAUUGCGAAAAAAGAAAACAUCCAAUCAAAAUGAUCGUUGCACGCGCACAUCCAUACAAACGCUAACAAUCAACCUAUCAGAAUCGUCUUUCUGAAUAUGUUUUUCUUUGUCUCGUGUUGGUUGUUUUUAUCUUGUGUUUGGUUGUUGUUUUUUUAUCCCACAUAAUUAUUUUUUGCUUGUAAGGUUUCAGGUGGGUGGUCACAAUUUGUAAAGACGUAAACCUUUACCUAAUCACCUUAUUUUUUUUUCAUUUGGUAUAUUUAUUUGUACCAACUAUUCGACCUAUUUUGGAGAAAUUAUCGAAAAUUUAUAAUUUCUUGAUGACAUAUAGACCUAUGUAUAGAUAGAUAAAUUAAAUUAAGGUUGCACAAAAUAUCGUAUUUGGGAAUUUCAUUUAAAAAACAGCAAUAUGUCGAAAAUCACAUUGAAGUGACUUGUAAACCAUACAAAUUUAAGCAAAUUCCUCUCUUAAAUCUGACAUUUUCUUUGGUAAACAUUGCAUUUUUAUAUGCUCGGUCUGCUAAAAAAAAAGAACACCCUAUUCUUGUUUUGUGUGAGUUUGCUUUUUUGUACAUUUUACGGUCGGUAUGAUUAGUGAAACAGAAGCGUUUUAUAGGCCUAAUCGCAAGAC